AUGAAAAGUAAGGAUGAUGCAACUAUUAACGAAGGUUCCGAAGGCUCCGACGAAUCAGAGACGGAAUCAGAAGAAAUCGAAGUUUUGAUCCCGGAAGAACUAAGGGAAUACGCAGAAAAGCUUAUCAUCGGAAAGCUAUCUCGUCACGGUUUUGGACGAGGCAAAAUCACUAAGUUGGCUUUGUAUUGUGUGACGAUCUGCUAUGUGGCCAAUCUUCAAAACUUUAUGAUGUUCAACUAUGCAGUUCGCCGAUUCGGAUUAUCCUUCAUAUUUCCAUUCGUCUGUUGUGUUGGCAUAUCGGCUUCGUUAUUACUAAUGACCAGCAUAUUUAUUGACAAUGAUGUAAUGGGUCGUAUGGUUCACAUACUGUUGAAAUCGCUGGAUAUAUUUGGAACGGAGCCAACAUGGGACGAUUGUGUUGGAGAAGGUGUGAGAGAAUUCUGCCAUUCGAUCAAUAGAAAUUGUACUGGCAUAAAAACUCCAAAGGGAUGGGUAGAAACAGAUACAUCUGAACGUUUUCUAUUUCGGAAAAGAAGUCUUCGUGGAGAGUCUGUGUGGAUGAAGAUGCUCUCGAUAAUCACCCCUUUCGCAUCUGGUUAG